AUGCGGCGAUUGGCAAGAUUAAGAACCGCAUCGGGGCUCCUGGCGCAGGCGCAUCCCCAAAAACCCUCAAUCGCCAGCAACAUCCGAUGCCUUGCCGCCCAGAGCACUAGCAACAGCAGCACCAGCCGUACUUUUUCCACAAGCCAGCCGAGGCCACUACGGAGCAGCCGGACGCAAUGUCAGAAAGAGGAGGCUGCCAUUGCUGAGGCUGCUGCUGAGACCGCUCCUGUUGAUACCUAUGACCCCGAGCCAACGUUCGUCUUGCCGCCGGAACCCGAAUGGGCGCCGCACGCCGACUCGGUGCCGGACCCCAACUACAAGCCUGCGACGUCCCUGGAAGAUCUACAAGAGGUUGGCGGCCUGGAAGGGUGGUGGGAGGUCGAAGAGAACUGGAACGGCACCAAGCCGGCCUUCACUCCCUUCUUCGCCGGCAGCCACAAGAUCUGGGACCCGAAGCUUCUCGAGGGCAUCGCGAGGAGGGCGGUCGCCGAGGCGCUGGUCGUGAGGGAGGCAGUUGAGCAGGGCGUUGAGGUGCCGAAGACGUGGGCCCUCGGCGGCAAGGAUGCAGCCGUCAGGGCCAUGACCCUCAAGAUCGAGGUCGACGGUGAGAGGGAGGCCAAGGUGUGCAGCGAGGCCGAGGCCAAGAUGGUGCUCGAGGACAUCAUUGGCAGGGAUGAUGUUGCUGCCCCUUUGAAUGAACAGGUCGAGGGGAGUGAACAGGCUACCGGUAUGGAUUCUGCGGAAACGGCUCAGGUUCUCGAGACUGUCGGCAAGCAAUGGAAAGAGAUUGCUCUUACGGACUUGAAGUUCAAGUUUAUGGUUACGAAGCGUAUCCAGCAACUGUCGGGUCACAUUCUCACCGACCACAAGUACUGGGGCAAAGGACACGUCAAUUCGCUCGUGCAAACCCUUAUCCAGAGGCCUAGGCCAACCAAGUUGGCAGAAGAGCUCAAGAUGAAGUCAGAGCUGCUGGACCUGCCCAACGUCACGGUCCAUGACCGCCGCUAUACUCGCGUCGACAAGCACAAGGCCACAGGAAGGUGGAAGGUCAUUGUGCGGGAGCUCGAGAAGCGCGACCUCCCUGUUCUUGGCGAUGGCAAGUACGGAAGGAGUGUGGAGAGGAGCUGGAUCAUGGGUGGAACCUAG